CUGUUCCCUGAUGCAGCAGACGCGCCACAGCCAGCACACGACAGCAUGAGGGCGGUGAGCGGGGCGUUUCUGGCCACGCUGGUGGUUGCCUGCAUUGCUGAUUUCGGAGGAGGAGGAGGAGGACAUGGCGGGGGAGGAGGAGGAGGCACUAGCAGCUACAGCGCCCCACCAGUGAGCAGCGGAGGAAUGUACGGCGGCGGCGGCGGUGGAUCUAUGUAUGGCGGAGGUGGCGGCGGCGGCGGCGGUGGAGGCGGUGGAGGGUAUGGAGGAGGAGGAGUGAGCAGCAGCUACAGCGCUCCGUCAGGUGGAGGAGGAGGAAUGUAUGGCGGCGGUGGUGGCGGCGGCGGCGGCGGUGGUGGUGGUGGUGGUGGUGGAUAUGGUGGUGGUGGUUCCUCUGGAGGCGGCGGCGGCUAUGGAGGAGGCAGCGGUGGUGGUGGUGGAGGCGGCGGCUACGGAGGAGGUUCCUUUGGCGGCGGCUCUUCUGGCGGCGGCGGCGGGGGCUACGGCGGAGGCGGCGGCGGAAGUAGCGGCGGUUAUGGUGGCGGAUCCUCUGGCGGCGGUGGCGGCGGCUAUGGCGGCUCCUCUGGCGGCGGAAGCGGCGGCGGCGGUUAUGGCGGCUCCUCUGGCGGCGGCGGCGGUGGCUAUGGCGGCUCUUCAAGCGGUGGAGGCAGUGGCGGCGGCUAUGGCGGCUCCUCUGGCGGCGGCGGCGGAGGCUAUGGCGGUUCUUCCGGCGGCGGCGGGGGAGGCGGCUAUGGCGGCUCCUCUGGCGGCGGCAGCGGGGGCUAUGGCGGCUCCUCUGGCGGUGGUGGCGGCGGCUAUGGCGGUUCUUCUUCUGGCGGCGGCGGCGGCAGCUAUGGCGGCUCCUCUGGUGGCGGAGGCGGCUAUGGCGGCUCCUCUGGCGGCGGCGGCGGCGGCUAUGGCGGCUCCUCUGGCGGCGGCGGCAGCGGCUAUGGCGGCUCCUCUGGCGGCGGCGGCGGCUAUGGCGGCUCUUCUGGCGGCGGCGGCGGCGGCGGCGGCGGCUAUGGCGGCUCCUCUGGUGGUGGCAGCUAUGGCGGCUCCUCUGGCGGCGGCGGCGGCGGCGGCGGCGGCUAUGGCGGCUCCUCUGGCGGCGGCGGCGGCGGCUAUAGUGGCUCCUCUGGCGGCGGUGGCGGAUAUGGCGGCUCUUCUGGCGGCGGCGGGGGAGGCUAUGGCGGCUCCUCUGGCGGUGGCGGCGGCGGCUAUGGCGGUUCAUCUGGCGGCGGCGGCGGCGGCGGCGGCGGCUAUGGUGGUUCAUCUGGCGGCGGCGGCGGGGGAUAUGGCGGCUCAUCUGGCGGCGGCGGCGGCGGCGGUUAUGGUGGCUCAUCUGGCGGCGGCGGCGGCGGCUAUGGCGGCUCAUCUGGCGGCGGCGGAGGCGGCGGCUAUGGGGGCUCAUCUGGCGGCGGUGGCGGCGGCAGCUAUGGCGGCGGCUCUUCUGGCGGCGGCGGUGGUGGCUAUGGCGGCUCCUCUGGCGGCGGCAGUAGCAUGUAUGGGAAAUAGACACUCUCUAUCCCCCCCAGCCACACCUCCCCACUUCCCCUCACCCCUGCCCAUCACCUGCCUCCUAACCCCUUCUCACUGCCCCUUCCAUGUGUCACACUCACCCCCCUCCAGCCCUUCACACCGCCCUCUGUCCCAUCACCGGUGCCCACUCCAGCCCUUCACCAACCUCCCCCUGCCCCUAUCACCUAGUCGCCCCUUCACUCCCCCCUUCCUUCCCUUCAUGCCCUUCCUGUUCUUGUUAUCUGGUGUUCAACGUCCGUAUUGAUGUUUGUAUGUAUGUGUUUGUAUAUGUCUGUCUGUCUGUCUGUACGUAUGUGUGUGUAUUGGUGUGUGUGUAUUUGUCUACCACGAGAAGUUUUACGAAAUAUAUUUUAGAUACACCAAUAAA